CCUGCCUCAUCCACGAAGCACAAGAGUAAUGGUGGCGCGCGUCAGGAGGCAGUGUGUGUGUUCUUCAAAUAACGCAUAAAUACUGUGACUUCGAGCAAGUAUUUUCCAGACCACCAUUCUCGCGCGUAGACCAUCAUGGCCGACGAGAAGAAACCAAUGACCUCCUUUACUCGAGAUGUAGUCCACACCCCCCACCCUCCACCACGAAUCUUGAGUCACGGCAUAUAUACAGUUGCCUAUGAAAACCCGUCACCUCCCAACUGGACCUCGGACAUUCGAGGCUCGAUCGAACAAUAUUUUGUCUCCCUCACGAAUUUCUCCUACGCUCGAAGGCUACUCAGAGAAAUAUUUUUUCUGGCCCCUGGGCUGCUGAUUGGUCAUAUAUGUGCCACGCUGUGGCUUAGCAUCUCUGAUGCACUACUUCUCUUUUGUUUGGGCUCCGUAUUCAAUUUUGUCGAGGGUCGUUCUUCGGGAAACGUGUCUCAAGAAUCGCUCAAUAUUGCUAUCUACGGAGGGCUCUUGUGCGCCAUUUUUGGACCUGCUUGCCAUCGCUGCCUAGCAUACGCGAAUGAUAUCAUCAGUAGCCGUUUGAAAGCGCAUUUUCUUCCGCAGCUCAUCGAAGCUAGUAUGCGUGUGGAUCUGUCUUCGAUGCAAGAUUGUUACACAAUAUUUCCCGUCAAGGGCCACUUUCCUUCCGACGUACCGGGCGCGUCCUUCUUACAAGGUUUAUCUCAUAUCGCUCGCACCACCGCUGCCCUGUCGUCGCAAGUGGUUGUCUUGAUAAAUGCAGUCCUGCGCAAACCCAGUCCGGAGAGAGAGGUAUUAUUUAUAUUCUGCAUUGCUCAUCCGCUCGUCCGCUGGUUGGCACCAUCGGAUGUUACCGGCACCCAAGGAUACGUUUUCUAUACACUAAACGUGCCUUUCAAGCGGAUGAGAUCUCUCUAUAAUCUGGCAUUUUCGUGUCAAUAUCGAGAGGAACUGAUCCUCAACGGUGCUGCAAACAGCAUACCCUCUGAAUACCAGAAGUCGACUGAGCAGCUCGGUGAUGAAAUCGUAACUGAACCAUUUCCCUGGGCAAGUGGACUGAUUAGAAGGUGGUACUGGGACUUCCUAGUCAAUCUAACCCUCGAUCUUCCACUCGUCAUUUAUGCGCUGGCCUUGCCUUGUCAUCUUUCGCCUUCGUCUGUAAUGUCAAUUGCGCUGCUGCAACAAGCGACCAAUACGCUGUCCCUAAGUAUCGGCGAAUAUGGGAUGAAUUCUGGGUCAAUCCAGAACUUAUGCCUGCAGGCGAAAUGGCUCUACGACGCUAUCAGUUACAAGAGCAAGAUGUCCAAUGGACCGAUGUCUUAUCCAGAUCCUUCGCACGGUAGCUCGUCGGAUGGGAUGAAGAUAUCUUUUCGACAAAUAUCACUUCGUUACGAUAAAUGCGGUCAUAAUGCUCUUGACGACGUCUCCUUCGAGAUUGCCCCUGGCCAACUUGUUCUUGUCGUUGGAGUCAAUGGCAGCGGAAAAUCUUCGUUGUUGAAGCUCAUUGCGCGUCUCUCCAAUCCUACCGGAGGCGAAAUUCUAAUUGACGACAAUCCAUUGUCAACAUAUGAUUCCGAUGAUGUACGCGCAUCAAUAGCGUUCUUACCCCAGCUUCCGUUGUUGUUUCCCAUGUCAGUGAAGGAGAACAUCUGCCUUGGGUUGCCAUCCCGCUUGCAUGUGACUGAUGAACAAAUCCAAGAGGCCGCCAAAAUGGGUAGCUGUACGAGCUGGAUAUCAAAGUUGCAGAAUGGAUAUGAUACACAGCUGAAGCCUACUCACGACAUCGGGAAUGGGUGGGCCGACGGAACUUAUGGCACUGUCUCUGACAGGUUGCGGGAAAAAUUGGCACGUCAUGAACAGCAGACAGUGACAAUCUCAGGUGGUGAAAGACAACGACUUGCGGCGUACGAACCUUGCAAUUAUUUUCGUGUUAUAGCUGCUUAUUUUCACCGCCUCAUCAUCAGGGCUAGGACCUUCAUGAGGAUUAAUCACACGGAUAUCAAACUUGUUGUAGUCGAUGAAGCCACGUCGUCUUUGGACGCUAUAACGGAACACGACAUUCUUUCCGAGUUUCACCGUGUCCGAAAAGGCAAGACGAUGAUUCUCGUCACCCACCGUUUCCACCAUCUUGUCAAGGAGGCUGAUCAGAUCAUAUGUAUGAAAGAAGGAUCCGUGCUUGAGCGAGGGACCCAUAACCAGUUGAUCAAAGCCGAUGGCGAAUACGCGAAGCUGUACAAUGCGCAAGUCCCCUCGGCCUAACCCUGGAUGCCACUACGUCGGUGAUCUUGUACUCUUCUUGGAUUGUGCCUGUGCGUUUAUCGUAAUUGAUCCGGUUAUAUAUCUUGCUGUGCCCUUGGUUGUGCUAUCUAUUGCUGUAACAUUUGCAAUCCGAAUUGUAAGAGUUCCGAUAUCG